UGACGAUACACUCUACUCAUCUGAGGAGUUAGAGGUGAACAUUAAACGACGAUAAAUGCAGAAUCUCAAGUUGUUUCUUCGACCACAGCUUGUGGCUCCCCAUCUGAGAGGAUCACCAUUAAAUUUUCCUAAGGCAUUAAGAUAUAAGUCGUCGGACUCUGAUUCCGAAACAAAGAACUCAAACGAAAGCAAUAAAGCAGGACCGAGUGAAAAUAAUAUCACAGAUAACAACUUGCCCAUAAACAGAACAGAAGGUGCUCAUGAUCUUACAGAAAAAUUUAACCCUGAUCUAUCCUCAAAGGUCACAAAACCAUCAUCAGCGCUACCCGCUAUGGAUCCUUCACUACGAACUUUGAUGGCCAAGACGAAGGUUGAGUACAAUCCCGUUACAAAUUCGCAACAGCAAUCUUAUGAAUUCAAAGCUCCAAAAACGCCAAAGCAACUUUAUAAAGAAAAGAUGGCGGAAAAGGCACGUCCAAAAUCAAAACUCAGAAAGCUGUUACCCUCGUUAAUAAUAUGUGGAGGUUUGUGUUGGGGAAUCUUCACAUAUAAAUACAUGACCAAAGACUCCAAUCCUAAUGUCGACACUGACUCAGCUUUGCUUAGAGAAGACAAAUUUUUACCAUAUCUCAUUUCUUUCAAGCACAAAAUCAAUGAUGAUCAUUACCUGAUCGAACUAACACGAAAGAACAGAGCUGAGAAGUUGAUCCACAAUGAACAAUUGUUCAACGGUGAUAGACUAUGGAGUGUAGAAAUAAUGCAACCAGACAUCAAUAUCGUCAGAAACUAUACCCCUUUGCCAAUGUAUGUUGCCGGUAUUGAUCCAAAUACUAAGGAACCUCAUUUACGUUUAGUGAAAGAGCUUGCGGAAGAAGGGAAGUUCAUUCUCAUUGUUAAAAGAUAUAAUGAAGGCGAAUUCUCUCGCUGGCUCACAGGACGCAAUCUACUAGAAGAAAUAAACGUUCGGGGUCCAAUUGUCGAGUACAAAAUGCCAUACCAUCCUUUGAAUAGAUAUGAUGAACGUCCUCAAAUGUCUAACACUCUUUCCUCUAUCAAGCCUGAUCCAAUAUGGCCGGAAAAUGUUCCAAAACCUGAAAACUAUGUAUUCUAUGGUGCUGGAACUGGUAUUUUGCCUUUAUUUCAACUGAUAUAUUCUCCUAAUCCACCUCGUGGGUUUACGGAUGUUUUUUACUCCUUGAGGGAUGAAUCGGAAUUAUUACCACAAAUCAAAACGUUGAAUUUUUUUGCAGAAAAAUGUGGACGUGUGAAGUUCCAUUACUUGAUUUCAAAUGAUAAGAAGCCAAACCACUUGACCGCAGAGAAGGUGAGCUCUCCGACUUUACCAAAUUUUACCGGCGGUUGGGAUUUACGUAUGAGCGAAGAAGUUUACAAACAGAAGUUACUGCGGGAAAAGAAGGCAGAAGUUGAGAAACAAAUGGAAAGAGCAUCUAACUCUCUGAAGUCACUCACUGGCAAUGCAACACUUGUUUCUAAAGACGCUGUUAUUGUCACAUCUGAUUCUAACUCUUCAUCUUCUGCUUCUUCAACCUACAUUCAACCAACGAAUAGUAGAAUCAAACCCGAAAGUGCAUAUCAGCAAUGGGUUUUUUUCAAGAGAGCAAAAGGUGAUAGUACAACCCCACCUCCCUCAUUUGCAUUUGUCUGUGGCCCAGAGAGCUACAUUUCUGAUGUCUCGGGAAAACCUGAUUUGAACAAUCUGGAAAAGAAGGAUAAUGGACCGAUAGGUGGUUUACUGAUGGAAAAGGGUUGGAACCUUAAUAACAUCAAAAGACUGCAAUAGCUCAGUUUAUACAUUCCUGUUGUACAUUAUUACUAAUUUGAUACAAAUAUUUAUAAACGUUUUUCUUACAUACUUUUUUUUUGAUUCUAAGACUGUAUAUAACCUUCAGCUGUUCAGAAUUACAGCAUCAAUCAUAAACUCAUCUUCCAAUUCUGUAUCA